AGUGUUGGCAGGCUGCUGUUUAAAAACGAAAGAGAAAUAAAUCAGAGGAGGAACACUUUAUACUACUCCUUUUAUUUUAUUACACGCCAUCUUCUCCUUCUACAGACUUAUAAGACAUUAAGAACAUGAAAGACUGACACAUUGUGCAUGAAGUUCACAGACCCCUGAUGAAGGACAAAUCCUUCGUGAUGUGUGAGCUCUAAACGGGGAAAGUGGAGAGAAAACAAAGUGAAAGCAGACUCACCAGUCCAUAACAAUAACGACAGAAGAAGAGAACAAAUUCCAGUUGGUGACCACUGGGUGGGCCAGUCUGAUGCUGUUGUGUUUUGGGGGGCUACGAUAAGGCAAAGCCAUGAACCUUCAGAUGCGAUGGACUCUUCUUAUCUUAUUGUUUCUACACAACACAGAUAUCUCCUGGGCAGACAGCUUCAUCGUUGUCGGUCCUUCUAAGCCCGUCGUCACUUAUGUCGGUGAAGAUGUGGUCCUGCCAGCCUCCCUGUCACCAGCUCUUAAUGCUAAGGCCUUUGAAGUGAGGUGGUUUACAACGGACAUCGGGUCACCAGAGCUGUUAUACGUCAAUUACAAUAUCAGGCUACAGAGUGACACAAGAAGAACUCUGAGCAUAGACAACCUCAAGAAUGGCAACGUGUCUCUAAUAAUCAGAAAUGUCCAUGUUUCUGAUGAUCAUCUCUACAGAUGUAAUGUGUACUCUGGACAAAGAGAAGAGGAGACUCAGGUCUCACUCACUGUUGAAGUUUUAGGUGCUCAGCCCUCCAUUACCAUGAGCUCCACUGAAGGUCAGAAGACCCGACUGGAGUGCAGCGCUGAGAAGUGGAACCCCCAACCAGAAGUCACCUGGAGGGACAUGAAUGGGGCAGACGUGACGUCACAGUCCACAAUAAAAUCAGAGCGGGACUCCGAGGGUCUUCUGAGAGUGAGCAGCAUCCUCCUGGUGAAGGAGGAGUACAAUGUGUUCAGCUGUCUGAUGAGAAGUAAAGCACCAAAGCCAGACUGGCACUCCGGACUUGGCAUCUACAGUUUCUCCCCAGGGGUCUCUGGCUGGUUGGUGGCUUUCUGUGUCUUGUUGGUUCUUUGUUUAGCGGUGACUCCUCUGCUGGUCAUUCAAUGGAGAAGAAUGAGAGAAACAAACACCAGAUAUGAUUCAAUAGUUGGAUUCCUUCCUAUAUGGUUUCUGCACAAGGAAAUUGAAAAGUCACAACGCGUCACGAAUGCAGAAUGGAGGAGAAUAUGCAGCUCAGCAGCUGAUGUCACUUUUGACCCUGAGACUGCACAUCCAUAUCUCAUUGUGUCUGAAGACGGGAAAGAAGUGAGAGACACAGACACACGACAGCGAGUGACGGACAAUCCAAAGAGGUUUGACUACUGUGGUAUUGUCCUGGCCAGAGAAGGAUUCACGUCAGGGAGACACUACUGGGAGGUGGAGGUCGGGGGGAAGACUGAGUGGGAUUUAGGAGUCGCCAGAGAGUCGGUCAUCAGGAAGGGGAAGAUUACACUGAGCCCAUAUAAUGGAUACUGGACUGUGUGGCUGAGGAAUGAGAACGAGUACGCGGCUCUCAUUGGCCAUCCUCUCCCCCUCCCCCUGAGAGUGAAGCUCCAGACAGUGGGGGUCUUUCUGGACUAUGAUGAAGGUCAGGUCUCCUUUUACAAUGCCCAGUCCCGCUCUCACCUGUACACCUUCACAGACUCCUUCACUGAGCCCCUCUAUCCGUAUUUCUGUCCUUGUCUUAAUGACGGUGGUAAAAACGCGGCCCCUCUGGUCAUCUGCCCCCUGCGCACACACUGACCCCUCAGUAUUAAUGUCGUCUGUCCAUCUCUGUGUCAGGUCAGAGCAGCACAAAGCCGAUGGAGACUUUCUUUAACAUCAGACCACCAAACUCAAAGCCCCCCUGAGGUGUCCUGCUGUUUGCUGCUCGUCUGAUUUUCAUUUUCAGGAUUUCUGUGUUUAAUGAGACAUCAGGACUGAACACUUGGGAUUUUUAAAUGGCGUCGGAUCAAAGCGUCGGCUCCAUAAUCAAAUGUGAAUCUUUAUAAUUUGAUCUGAGGGUCUGAGAAUGAACAGAAAUCCUGAGUGUGCGUCUUUAAUUUGACAUUCAAAGAGGAAUUCAACAAAGAUGGUUGUGUUCUCCCCAGCACUGGAUUGGUUUUCUUCAGUCUUUGUGUGACGUCACUUGCUGGUGGUCAGUCCUGAUGACCCUGAGGUGCCCACUUUGUGACAUUAAAAGACCGAGAGGAUGUGAAGAAUGUGAUCUGAGCCGAAGAAA